UAAGACUGAAUCGGGUAACUUACCAGAUAUAUCGUCACGUAAACUGCGUGAGCGACUGGUCCACAUGUUGGCCGUUAACUCAUACACCAGGCAAGAAAUAAGCUCAAUCUUUCAAAGAGAAGGAUUACUUCCUUGCGAACGACCAACAGUCGUGUAUGUGCUCAAAGAUGUAGCACAACUUAGCCGUAACGUAUAUAGUUUGCGCCCCAAUAUCUGGAAAGAAGUCGACGAGAAUUGGCCUUACUACAAUGAGAAGGAGUUGCAACAGAUGAAAAGACGCAAGGAGUACAGUUUGAGAGCACCAAACAAGAACACAUCAAAGCGAGCAAAUUUGGAAAACGUUGAACCACAACCGGCGAAGAAACGGCGCAUUGAAAAUUCUACCGGUGAUAAUCACACCUCCUCCCAACCGGCGAUCACUAAGCCUAAUUCAAAUACCAUCGCUAAUCACCUCAAGCGAAUUUACAAUGGAAGGAGACCAUCUUGGAAUGUGAACCAAUCUAACAUCUCUCGUAGCAAUGGAACAGAGCUGUUCCUAAAAGAAAAGACACAACCUGGAGAUUACUUCCUUGUGAACGUCCAACAGUCGUUGCUGAAAGAUGUAGCACAGCUUAGCCGUAACGUAUAUAGUUUGCGCCCCAAUAUCUGGAAAGAAGUCGACGAGAAUUGGCCGUACUACAAUGAGAAGGAGUUGCAACAGAUGAAAAGACGCAAGGAGUACAGUUUGAGAGCUCCAAACAGUUCAAUUAAACUUACACUUGAAUCCAACGAAAGCCUGUCGCCGAAAAUACAUGAAGAACAGAAAUUGAGAGCACCAAACAGCUCAAUUGUACUUACACCUGAAUCCGGCGAAAGCCAGUCGCUGGAAGGACACAAAGAACAAAGUUUGAUAGCUCAAAACAGCUCAAUUGUACUUACACCUGAAUCCAACAAAAGUCAGUCGUUGAAAAUACACACGAAACAGAGUUCGAGAGCUCCACACAGCUCAAUUGAGCUUACACCUGAAUCCAACGAUAGCCAAUCAUCAAAGAGUAGUACAAUUCUACCACAUCCAGCCGAAAAUAACUCACUAAAGAGAGAAAGCACAUCAAAGCGAGCAAAUUUGGAUAACGUUGAACCACAACCGGCGAAGAAAAGGCGCAUUGAAUUAUCUACCGGUGAUAAUCACACCUCCUCCCAACCGGCGACCACUAAGCCUAAUUCAAAUACCAUCGAGCCCCUUAAAUAUGACUUUAGCAAUUAUACGGAAAUCACCAGCAACGAACAGCGCCAGCAAUAUGCAGCUGAGUUUGCUCGAGACCAUGAGGAAUAUAUGCCACUCUUUCAGCAGACCACAGAGUUAUGGAACAGUUUCCGCGAACUCGGUGCACAGAUUCUUAAUGUGCCCGAAGACUGCCCGGAAUACGAGAACAUCAGUGAACGUAUAUUGAGCACAUUUUCUGUCCUUACUAGCAGAGAGGAACUAUGUCGUAAGCAACGUGUCCUCUAUUUACACGAAAAAUUGGCACAUAUUAAGCGACUUGUAAUGCUCUUCGAUAGCAGACUUACAAAGGAAAUAGCGAUGGACUUCGCAAUGACAAUGGCCAAAAAAUAUGAGUUGAAACAAGAUCGGAUUGAAGCCAUAACCGAUAUUGAAGAGGUGUUGGGAACAUCGAAAAAAAUCACAAUAUGGCACAAAGAUGGAGCGACAGCUACAACACAUGAUGGGUUUCCGCCUACAAAACAAGAAUACAUAAGCGAUAUCUUGGCUGAAGAUCUUGCGCUGUCGGAUAGCGACAGCGACGAUGACUGA